AUGGACUUGCAAAGAGCCGAGUGUCCCCUCUCCCAGAGGCCGCAACGCAGCCCCCGGGGCUCGGAAAGAGAAGAGGAGCCGUUGGAUGUCCUGCCCGAGGAGGAGGAAGAGCGGUACCUGCGGCGGCCCCAGCCCGGCCGGCGGGGGGCGCCGGAGAGCAGCAGCGGCUGCGACGGCGCCCGGUCAGGGACCAGGGACGGCGCCCCGGCCGGCCCGGGCGAACUCGAGGAGCUGGGGGCGCCGCCGGCGCCGGCUCCGGCCCCGGCCAAGCCACCCUACUCGUACAUCGCGCUCAUCACCAUGGCCAUCCUGCAGAGUCCGCACAAGCGGCUCACGCUGAGCGGCAUCUGCGCCUUCAUCAGCGGCCGCUUCCCCUACUACCGCCGCAAGUUCCCGGCCUGGCAGAACAGCAUCCGCCACAACCUGUCGCUCAACGACUGCUUCGUCAAGAUCCCCCGGGAGCCGGGCCACCCGGGCAAGGGCAGCUACUGGAGCCUCGACCCGGCCUCCAGAGACAUGUUCGACAACGGCAGCUUCCUGCGCAGGAGGAAGCGCUUCAAGCGGCCGGGGCCAGGCGCGCCGCUGGGCCCCGCCCUGCAUCCCUCGGGGCCCGCGGGGCUCCUGCUCUGCCCGGCCGCCGCCGCCGCGCCGCUACCGGCCCGGCUCCGCCCGGGCCCCCUGCUGCAGCCGCACCCGCUGCGCUACAUCGUGUUGCCGGCCCCCGCCAGCCCCGCGUCGCCGCCGAGGAAAGGGGGCGCCGCGCCGCCCCUUGUCGGAGCUCCGGGCCGGGAACACAGCCGCGGGGCCAAGGGCGCCUCAUUCAGCAUCGACAGCAUCCUCCGGGGAGGAGGAGGCGCGGCGGGGCCCCCAACGGUCCCGUGGGGGCACUGCCACCUGUGGCACGCCCCAGCCGUGGCCGCCUCCCCGUGGCUUCAGGUGUCCGCGGCCGCCAGGACGCUGUUGCAACAGCAGCCGGACACCGCGAUCAGCCGCUUCCCCAGCAAGAGCUCGCUCCUCGGCCGGCCUUUGACCGCUGCACCGCUGCGGUGCCCACCCGGGGCGGGUACCGGGCUGCUCUCGCUGGAGGCUCCCACGGGCGGGGAGGCGAACGCUCCUGCUUUCUGA